GUUUCGUUAACACUUGGUAUAAAUUAAAAUACAUAAUUAAAAAUUAACUUCAAAGAUUAAAAACGCACCUUUUAUCUUAGGAAAGCAUACAAAAUGUUUUAUUUCAAUAAAUUUACAAUGCAAAUGUUGUUGUGAUCUAAACAGAUUUACUAGAUGUUAUCUAAUCGAUUAGUUAUGAUACAUCUGCAAAAUGAAAUUUAUCUUAUCGCUAAAAUUAUAUAUAAGUAAACUCGAUAAAAUAAUCGCUUUAUAAAGCGGCCGAAUUUGCAAUCAAUAACAGUAUAAUUUUAAACAUGGAGAUACACUUUUUAAUUGGUGUCUUGCUUGCCUACACUGUGGCUGGGCUUCCAGUGGAAAAGGAGGUACUUCCUGAUGAUAUUUUUACGUCACUGGAUUACGCAUUAUUUGAAGGCGAAGAAGCAUACGUGUACGAUGACAAUGAGAACUUGGUGAGGCUGACACUGGAAGAUAAUGGGAAUCACGAAGACGAAAAUGACAGUGAAGUCCCGAAACGUGUCUUCUUCUAUCUAUACACUAGAGACAAUCCUACCAAACCGGAACAGCUUUAUGUCGAUGAUGAGGAUACACUAAAGAAGAGUAAAUUUGAUCCUGCGAGACCGACGCGUCUUGUUACGCACGGAUGGAUAAAUUCUCGCAACAGCACAGCUUGCACUUUGAUUCGCGACGCUUAUCUUCAGCACGGCGAUUACAACGUCAUCGUCAUCGACUGGAGUACAAUAAGUAUUAGGCCUUAUAUUUGGGCUAGCAGGCGUGUCCCGCUAGUUGGUCGAUUCGUCUCCACCAUGAUCAAUUUCCUCGUAAAGCAUGGAAUGGAUCCGUCGCAAACCAUACUGGCCGGUCACUCUCUUGGUGCCCAUGUAGUUGGAAUCGCUGCUCGCAACUCUAAUAGCAAUAUCGGCUACAUCGUGGGAUUAGAUCCAGCUUUGCCCGGUUUUAAUCUGGCCGGUCCAGGAUCGAGGAUAUCGAGCGGUGACGCGACGUACGUGGAGAUCAUUCAUACUAAUGGUGGUCUACUCGGCUUUUUGACACCCAUCGGGGAUGUCGAUUUUUACCCUAACGGUGGUCAAAAGCAAGUAGGAUGUCUGGUGGACGUCGGCGGCGCGUGUUCUCACGCUCGCUCGUACAUGUUCUUCGCCGAAUCUAUCAUCAGCGACGUCGGCUUUCAUGGAAGAAGCUGCUCCAGUUUCGUUCGAUUUAAGUUGGGUCUGUGCAAGGAUCAGCCUACGUCCAUCAUGGGCGGACACAAGCCACUCUUCAGCGCACGCGGUAAUUACUACUUGAUGACCAAUCCGUCGUUCCCGUUCGCGAACGGCCCGCUCGUGAUGCGGCACUGAUGAGUGGCUGUUGCGAGCCGAAAAGAUCGGUUCGUCCGACGAUCGGCCGUCAGCGAGGAUUCUGAAUUUGGAAAUUCAUUGUGGAACAGGAAGGAGAUCCGCGCCGGGCUAAACUCGUUUCUCCCGGCAAUCGAUCGGACGCGUUCACGGUCUGCGUAAUUUCGUUUCCGCCCGCAGCGGCUAUUUCGAGCGCGAGUAUUGCGGCACUCGUACCGAGCAUUUUUUAUAUCGUCUAAGCCAGGACUGCGAAUCCGCUCAACCGCUUCCUGAGAAUCUAUGCUAUUUAUCGAAAGAACCAUGUCGUUUCUGCCGCGCGACGUUUCGCUUCUUCGUCGACUCAAUUACAAGCGUAAACUGCAAGCGGCAACGUAUUUUCCGAAAUACGUCUCGUAUGACGUAGAACGCAUCAUAUUGGAAAUGCAAAACACUCGGGAGGAUACGCUCUGUGUGUUCUAAAUGCAAGCCAAGUCGCGUUAAAUACACGUAUCAAUUUCUUCCGUUGUUGUCCAUUUUUCUCGCAACUCGCAAACGCUUCGGUGCGUACGAGCGUGCAAACACCCGCCGAGAUACGCGACCUCUCGAAACGCGAAUCGCUCGGACCAGCCGCGGUCUUAGUCGCGGUGCAUUAAAUUUUAUCGUAAUAUAUCUUGCGUAUAUCGCGCGCAACAGAGAUAAUAAAGGCGAUGCGAAAAACAGUUGGAUUACAAACCGCGCGCUGAAUUUUAGGCUCCGGGCUGUUUCGUGUAAACAGACGUAGAUAUUUAUCAUUUGGGCGUAAUGCACGAGAUGAGGUUUUGAAAAAGAAGAUAAACGUGACAGGAGGGACCGCCUCGCUCGAAACGACAGAGUUAUCUUUGUCAGUUUUAGUAUAAAAUGAUGUCGAUCGCAAGAACGACUCGAUCUCUAAGGCACAGUCACUAUUAUAUAAGAAGAAAUAUUCUGAAUACGAGAUUUAUGAUGCUUAUGAUUAAGAAAUGAACAAUCAUCUUGAUAUUAGCGAUGCAAAUGAAAUGUGAUAAAAAGUAGACUUGUUUAUAACAGAGCACUGAUGUACAAAUAUCAUUAUUAUAUUUUUCAAGAAAAUCAAGUGUGUCUUAUUUAUUAACCAAAAUCAAAUUCACAUGGAUGAUUAUCUCUAACCAUAUAACAUAAAAACCAUGUCACUGUCAUCUAAAAAUUUUCUACCAAACAUUUCAAAUAUCUUUCACUAGACUGACUGAAAAGAAUUUGAAAUGAAUAAAUUGUUCCCCCAAGUUCUCGAUAAAAAGAAUACGUUGCGUUGAAAUAGUUUGAGCAAAAAUAAAGAGGGUACAUUAUUGAAAUUACAAAAAACGUUUCGUUAAACCGUAAUGUAUGUUAAAAGUGUAGUCGAAGACGCAUUAAAAGAAUGUGAAUAAAUUUUUAAAACGCGCGACGGAUUUGCAAUUGGUAUGGGAUAUUCAGUCCGGGGACGAUUGACUCGCGGCGUUAAAUCACGAUAUCUACAAAUUCGAUAAGGCGCCGAAUGUUUCCAUUGCGGAUACGCCGAGGGUAUCAAUUGUUCGCGCUCGCAAUUGAAAUAUCCGCGAUAAAAGUUGGCGAAGCCAGGCCGUGUUUCAUUAAUGUGUGAACAAUGGAUUCGCCAGAUGCAAGCCGACCUGAGCAUGAGUACCACGUGACGUGAAUAAGGGUCCCGAACUGGAAUAGGUAGACCGAAAAAAAUCCUGAUGCAGGACGUCCCAAAUAGGAAUGCAUCUUUCUUGAUUAGAAAGGCACUCCUUUGGGCCGCGUUAUCUGUUAAGGUUAACGUGGAGUUACAUUCAUUAUCACCUGUAUCAUUAGUGUUAUAUAGAACGUUGUAAUGUAUCAUCCUUUAAUCGUAUAAACCGUAAUCUUAUCUCGUAUCAUGUAUAUUAUUGCGUUCCUACUGCUGCGGUUCCUCACGUGUUGAUAUUUCUGUCUGAUAAGAUUAAAUAAUUAAUAUCAGACUUGUUGAUAGGUGAUGCUAAUUUUGCUGUCGAUUCCGAGUAUUCGAGAAUCAAAAAGAGCAGAGAUUAUAUAAUGCAUACCAUCGUCUAAUAUGGAUAACUAAUUUAUUAUUUAUUUAAAUUAAAUGUUAUUUUAUUUUAUAUUAUUUCAUCUGGCUAAAUUUGUACAAUGUGCAUUAACGAUCUUUCCAUUCUUUCUUAAAAAAAUGAAGAAACGCAAAAUUCACAAAAUAACUUAUCUCUGCUCUUUAUUUUGAAAAAAAAAAAUAUAUGAUGUUUUAACACUCGAAAGUGUAAAUUCUUUUCAGAUGAGAUACACGAAGUUCCAAAAGCAAUUCGCACGGAGAGGCACGUUAUUUAAUUGUAGCGGUAAUAAUUCUUUUCUUGUCUGACGCGUCCUGUCCGAGGUGUAGGUCAAGAUUAAAACCCAAAAUUGACGUCGAGGGAAAAAUUAAAGUUGUAAAGUUUCUGGUA